AUGGAACUACCGGUUCACCUCUACAACUUAGCACAUUACAAGCCUCUCGACCCCAUUCUGCGUCAACAUGCCGUCAAAGCAGACACGUAUGCUUAUGAAAACUCUGUGAAUUUCCCACUGUAUUUCUCACAUUGUUCAGGAUGCGGCACCAUGAGAAUAUGUGGAUUGACAUGCUUCUAUUCAAUUCAAUACUCAAAGACACCAAAGAAAGAUAGACGAACUGCAAAAGUGGGCAAAAAGGCUCCGAGAAAACGUACGCUCCAUGUGCGGUGCGUGUGUGGCCAUGUACAGAAAAGCCCCCUUCUAAAUAAGAAGGAAGUGAAAGCUGUAGCUCCGUCUGAUUCUUUUAGAGAAACAAAACGCAAAAAGAAGAAAUCGGAACUCUCGGCACUUCUAGAAAAGAAACGCGAAAACGAAAAGAUAGCCAAGCCGACUCUUGACCUCAUGGCAUUCAUGCAAUAG